GGGGCCGGGCUGGGCCGCCCCGCCCCGGGCAGCUCGGGCCGUGCGGGGCCAUGCGGGGCCCGGCGCUGCCGCUCGCCCGCCGGGCUGGGGCUGCGCUGGGGCUGGGCCGGGCCGGGCGGGACCCGGGGCAGCUGGAAAAGAAGGCGAAGGGGAAGCUGCAGAAGCAGAUCUGCCAGGUGGUCCUGGAGCACUUCGAGGAGCAGUACACGGCAGAACUGGGGGAUGCCUGGAGCAGUGUCAGGGAUGUGCUGACCUCUCCGUGGUGCUGGCAGCACGCCCUGCUGCUGAACAGGUUCAGCCAGAGCCCCGGGCUGGAGAGCAGCCUGGCUGAGCAGGGCUACCAGCCUGCCUUCCCUGCAGCCCUGCCCUACCUCCCUGCAGCCUUCAGGUGCUACAGCAGGCCAGCUCCUGGCAGAUUCCCUGCCCAGAAGCACCAGCCUGGCAGGCUGAAGGAUUACUACCUGCUGAAUGCUGCCUCCCUGCUGCCCGUGCUGGCCCUGGAGCUGGAGGAUGGGGAGGAUGUUCUGGAUCUCUGUGCUGCUCCAGGGGGCAAAGCUGUGGCUAUCCUGCAGUGUGCCUGUCCAGGUCAUUUUCACUGUAAUGAAUAUGAUGAUUUGAGGUCAAGAUGGUUGGAGCAGACAAUAGAAUCCUUCAUCCCAGAUCCUUUGAUUAACUUGAUAAGGGUCUCUAAACUGGAUGGUAGACAGAUUGGAGAUCUUCAGCCUGAAUUUUAUGACAAGGUACUGGUUGAUGCUCCUUGUUCAAAUGACAGAAGUUGGCUCUUCUCUGCUGACCCUCAGCAAGCUCUGCUCAGGCUCCUGCAAAGGAAGGAGUUGUCUUCCCUGCAAUUCCAGCUUCUAAGGUCUGCUGUUAAAGCCCUGCGUCCUGGCGGCUCCUUGGUCUAUUCCACGUGCACCCUCUCCAAGGCAGAAAACAGUGAUGUGAUCAACCUCAUCCUCAGCUCCUGCAGGAAUGUGAUGCCUGUGGAUAUAAGUGGGAUGGCCAGAGGUGUUUCCCAGGAGUUCAGUUUCCUCAGUGGAAUGCAGCAGCAUGAGCUGCUGGUUCUCCCAGAGAGAGGGAGAGCGUGGGGUCCCAUGUAUGUGGCUAAACUGAAGAAAGUGUCCUCCAGCUGAUGCCUGAUGGUUGUUUAUAAGCAGUCUAUGAUAAACUAAUUGUGAUUUAAAUACAGUGUGUGUUUAUGAACACAUUCAAGGCAACUGAAUUUAGUGUUGCAGUUUCCUGAUCAAAAUGAAGCAAGAAAUUUAACUUAACUUAAAAUACUGAACGUGCCUUCCAGCGUGGGCUUGUGAACCUCUGAGAAGUCCUUAGGAAGUCAAGGGAGCUUUGUAUUGUUUUCAAAUCCCUUUUAAAGGGAUUUGGAUUCUAAUGUGGUAGAGUUUUGCACUGCUUUUGGUUUUUUAUUGAUUAACUUGGUUCUAAUGCAGUAUGUUUUUAAAUAAAUGGUUUUCAGUGGUGUGAA